AUGAAGCGUGUCGUUGCCAUUCGAUCCAGUCCUCGACUUCGAAAACUCGCCGAAUGUCAGAAGGAUGCUGUUGUUGUUCCUUCGACUCCAUCAUUAUUAGUGGUGCCGAAAAGGAGAAAGCUGGCGAUCGUGACUCCUCUCAAGAGCUCGGAAGACGACGAAGCCUUUGAAGAUCUCAAAGUCCCACCGGAAGAAUUACGGCCGUCCACGACACUGACCAAUGGACAAUGCUUUCAUUGGAACGCAAUUUCCACGGAACAAUCCACAUCGGCGUGGGGGACACACAAUGCCACCGAGUGGAUGGGUGUUCUACGAAUGCCGCCCUCUACAAGUGAGCAGCAGAAGGAAGAAGAGGACCGUUCGCUGGUAGUGGUCAUUCGAGAAACUCCAUCCAGCACACUCUACCGAGUGCUCUACAAACCCCAAUCCAAAACUCAAAAGGACGUCAGAACCUUUCUGUAUCAGUAUUUUCAACUCGACAUUCCACUAGCACCACUCUAUCAACAAUGGUCUACACAAGACGCUCGUCUGGAACGGAUUGCCAAAUGCAUUCGCGGAGUCCGCAUCCUCGAUCAAGAUCCAUGGGAAUGUCUCGCCAGUUUCAUCUGUUCUAGCAACAACAACAUUCCUCGCAUUCACAAGAUUCUCAAUUCGAUUCGACAAGAAUAUGGAACCCUCUUGCUUCCUAAGAACAAUACCAAGAGCAACGAACAGGACAUUUACUCCUUUCCUAGCCUCCAAACACUCCAACAACACGCUACCGAUGCCGAUUUGAGAAACAAGUGCGGUAUGGGGUACCGGGCCAAGUACAUUUUGGAAACCAUGAAAACUCUGCAGUCACUAGGCGGCGAAGAGUAUCUGUACAAACUCAAAACUACUACAACAACAACACCCGAUCAAGUCCAACAAGCCCUCAUUCAAUUCUCUGGUGUGGGACGCAAAGUGGCCGAUUGCGUGGCACUCUUUUCCCUCCGUCAGACCGAUGCCAUUCCCGUCGAUGUCCAUGUCUGGAACAUUGCUUGUCGGGACUAUGAUCCCACCCUGCAAACCAAAAAGAGUCUGACGCCCACCGUGUACCGACAGGUGGGAGAGUUGUAUCAAAGCCGAUUUACAACAAAGGCGGGAUGGGCACAUUCCCUCUUGUUUGUGGCAGAGUUGCCCAGUUUUCGACCCAUCUUGCCGGAAGAUAUGGUGCAAGAAAUGGAUCAGUUCCGUGCGGAAGAGCAAGCCAGGAAAAAGGCGUCCAAAGCCAAGAAGAAGAGUGCAUAG